AUGCCACCAAAUGUUAGAGCAAUUGUAAAGACUUUUCGAGCACCGUGUAGUUUUGUGGUGAAGGGACUUCCCGAAAAUUUCUCUGUAGAGGAUCAAGUGAUGAGGAGUAAACUUGAGGAAUUUUUUGUCAUGACGAGUAAUAAUUUACAUUUACAAAUUAAUGGAAUUACAAUGGUACAAAAUACACAAACCCGAUAUGCUGUUGUUCAAUUUAAAACAUUUUCUAAAAAUUUGAGAAAACAAGUAGCUUUUUUUCAUGAGAAGGAAUUUGAAGGAAAGAAACUCAAGAUAACGCCAUUUUUCUAUCCUAAUAAGGAUUUACAUCCUGAAUUUUUUAAAAAUUAA